AUGGUGCCGAAGGCUAAGAAGGAAGCCCCUGCCCCUCCCAAAGCCGAAGCCAAAGCAAAGGCUUUGAAGGCCAAGAAAACGGUGCUGAAAGGCGUCCACAGUCACAAAAAAAAUAAGAUCCACAUGUCACCUACAUUCCGACGACCCAAGACACUGCGUCUGCGGAGGCAGCCCAAAUAUCCUCGAAAGAGCGCCCCCAGGAGAAACAAGUUUGAUCACUAUGCCAUCAUCAAGUUCCCCCUGACUACUGAGUCAGCCAUGAAGAAAAUAGAAGACAACAACACACUUGUGUUCAUUGUGGAUGCCAAGGCCAAUAAGCACCAGAUCAAACAGGCUGUGAAGAAGCUCUACGACAUUGACGUGGCUAAGGUCAACACCUGGAUCAGGCCUGACGGAGAGAAGAAGGCAUAUGUUCGACUGGCUCCUGACUAUGAUGCUUUGGAUGUUGCCAACAAAAUUGGAAUCAUCUAAACUGAGUCCAGCUGGCUAAAUCUAAAUAUAAAUUUUUUCACCA